UCUUUAGAAAAAUGCCUGUUUUCAUCAUCUGUGUGAUUCUCAUCCACAUUACAUUAUGCACCCUACACAGUAUUGAAUCUUUCUGAGGCGAUCUGCUAGCUUGUUUACAUAUAGCGCGGCUAAGUUUGAGAGGAGGAUGGCAGGACUAAUCGCGUGCCUGUCCGUUUGAAACAGCUUCUCUUUGACAAAUGAUCAGCGUUUGUCACUGUUUCUGUACAUUUCAAAGCUUUUAUACAACGUUUAACACUAUAUUCGGAGAGCAGCGAUAUUGACGUUUCAUGGAAUACCCACAAUGCAGAGUAUUAUUUCUGGACUACCACAGGAGUUCAAAAAGCUGUCAAACUUGAGUUGUUGUUGUAUUGUACUCAUUAAAGAAAAGUCAUUUAUUUUUGCAGGCAAUAUACAUGCUUAUUCAUAUAUAUUUCGUUUGUGUUGUAUUCACAGAUGUGUGAAUCUGUCGAGCUGGUGUUUAAUGUUGGUGUUUUCCCCCCCUAACAGGUCAUUUAGGGAAAAUGAGUGACCGAUUCCCUCUCGCUCAUCGAGAAAAACUCCUGCUGAAGCGACUGGGCGAGGAUAAAGAUGGCCUUUAUUAAAGAGGAGAUAGAAGACAUCAGGAUUGCAGAAGUGUUCACUCUGAAACAAGAAGAUCCUGAGGAACAAACAGACCUGAUGCCUCUGAAGGAGGAGAAUGAAGAACUGAACAAUGUAAAAGAGGAAGAAGAUCUGAUUGAGGAACAUCAGGAUAUAAUAACUGCAGGAAAAUCCAUCACUAGCUCAGUGACUGGAAAAGCUGCUCAAAAGGCAAGAUCAAGAUGCUCCUUCACCUGCCAGAAGUGUGGAAGAGGUUUCACUAAACAAACACUCCUCAAAAACCACAUGAAGAUUCACAGUGGAGAAGAGCCUUACUCGUGCCCUCAGUGCGGGAAGAUCUUUGCGUACAAGUCCAUAUUUAACGCCCACGUCAGAACUCACACCGGAGAGAGGCCUUUCGCCUGCCAACAGUGCGGGAGAGGUUUUGGUCGGAAAGUGGAGCUUAAAACGCACAUGAAGGUUCACAGCGGAGAGAAGCCGUACGUCUGCCAACACUGCGGGAAGACAUUCGCAUACAAAUCCUCAAUUAAUGCCCACAUGAAAGCUCACACUGGAGAGAAACCUUUCAGCUGUGAACAGUGCGGGAAAGCUUUCAGGCGAUGGGGUGACCUUAAAAAACACAAGGUAAUUCACACCGGCGAGUGGCCUUACGCGUGCACUCGGUGUGACAGGAGCUUUGCGGAUAAAUCGAAAUAUAUGGACCACAUCAGAAUUCAUACCGGAGAGAGGCCUUUCAUCUGUGAGCAGUGCGGAAAACGCUUCAUGCGAAACGGUGACCUCAAAAGGCACACGAGGGGGAUUCACACAGGAGAGAGACCGCGUGAAAGACAUCUUAAAAGUCAGACUGUAGUGAAACCGCUCAUCUGCUAUCAGUGUGGGAAGAGUUUCACAUAUAAAUCAAUGCUUGAUGACCACAUGAUAGUCCACACCUGGGAGAAACCGUUCAGCUGUGAACACUGUGGAAAGAGUUUUGGUCGGAGGGUUAGCCUUAAGAAGCACACGGUCGUUCACUGCGGGGACAUAGGGCCAUUCUUGUGUCCGCAUUGUGGAAAGAGUUUAACCUCCAAAAACAGACUUGAUGUCCACAUGCAGAUUCACACCGGAGAGAACGUUUUCUCCUGUGAGAAGUGUGAGAAGCGCUUCAUUCGUCAAGACUACCUCAUCAGGCACAUGAAGGGUCACUCGGAGGAGACGCCUUACGUCUGCCCUAAGUGUGGGAAGAGUUUUGCUGAUAAAUCAUUAGUGAUUUCCCACAUAAAGUCACACUGGAAAGAAGACCGGGUUCAGAUAUCAGCGAUGUGGAACGACUUUAAGUGAACGCAGUCGCCUUUAAGCACAGGUAUCAACCCUGCUUCAACACACUUAAGCUACGGUCACACUGGGCUUUUCCUAUCAUAGACUUCCAUUCAUAUGCACGCGAAUGCGUCUGACCGGAAACACAAGGUCAUGCGUCACGUUUCGCAUGUCGCUGCAGUGCAAAGUUAAAGCUUGGUGAAUUCUGACCUGCGAAAUCGCAUCACUUGAUUGCGUGAGACCAAUCGAGGAUCAAAACAGCACCUCUCUGGGCAGAAAUUUAAAACAUGGAGCAAUCGCUCGCUUUAUUAAUAUCUAAUCAUC